AUGAAUCCCUUCUUGCUUUGGUCAUUCCUCAACGCUCUGGAAGUGAGCGGAUCAGCGGUCAAAGAAGAGGGCUGGUUGCCUCAACACAUCCUCCUUCGGUCAGCGGCUACUAAGGAGCUCCUAGCAUGCGUCCCACUGUACCUUAAGGGCCAUUCAUAUGGCGAAUAUGUCUUUGACAACUCCUGGGCUGUGUUCGCUUCGCGACUAGGCCAGAGAUAUUACCCAAAGCUCCAGGCGGCAGUCCCCUUCACGCCAGUGACAGGGCCCCGUAUCCUAGUGCGAGAUGCCAACAUGAGGGAGGUUCUGACAACGGCCGCUGCAAAGACCCUCAUGCAGCUUACAGACGAGUACAAUGUGUCAGGGGCGCACCUGACAUUCAACAUACCGGAGGAGGGGGAUGCCUUGGCCGAGCUGGGGUACCUCAGGAGAACGGGCAUCCAGUACCACUGGGUCAACAAGGACUAUGGCACAUUUGACGGCUUCCUCAUGGACCUGAAGCAGAGCAAGCGCAACAACAUCCGCAAGGAGAGGAGGAGCGUCGCCAAGGAGGGCCUGUCCCUGCAGCGCUUGACGGGAGCUGACAUCAAGUCGAAACAUUGGGACGCCUUCUACAAGUUCUACCUCAACACCACUGACAAGAAAUGGGGCCAGGCGUACCUCACACGGGAGUUCUUCCAGGUCUUGGGGGAGUCGAUGCCAGAGCAGGUGCUGCUAGUGAUGGCAGAGGACGCCAGCAGCCGUCCCAUCGCCGGAGCGCUAAAUCUCAUCGGCUCGCAUGCGCUGUUCGGGCGCAACUGGGGCUGCGCCUAUGACACCGACGUCAAGCACCUGCACUUUGAAGUCUGCUACUACCAGGCGCUGGAGGCUGCGAUAGAGAGGGGCUUGCCGCGGGUGGAGGCGGGUGCGCAGGGGGAGCACAAGCUGCAGCGCGGAUACCUGCCCAGCCUCACGCACAGCAGCCACUACAUCCGCGACCGCCUGCUCCGCGGCGCCAUCGGCAACUACCUCGCGCAGGAGCGGCAGCAGAUCGACUACACCAUGGACGCCCUGCUGCAGCACGUGUCCCCUUACAAGAGCCUCGACGCCUAAUGCUCGGGGAUUUAUUUAGCACUACCAAGUCAAAGGCAGGUAUAAAAAAGGGACUUAGGCAAGGGUAUAAGUAGGUAGAAUUGGCAGCGCGAGGGUGCACGACUGUCAAACAGGAUGCUUUUCUGGAUACCCGUCCUUGUGUAUUGAUAUGUACUAACAGGAGCAGCCAUUUGCGCGAGCAGACCGGCCCAGGAUGUAUCACCUUCAUUCUUUCUCAUUGCUUCUAAGAACACAGUCAAGUGUAGCCAUGCAGACAAAAUGAAUAAGGCAUGUAUUGAAGUGGGCUAGGUCAGAGGGGCCAGAAAAUCGUGGUUGUGAUGGGUCUGUUGUGGAUUUGCACGACUCAGUGAAAGAGAAAGCUGAGGGUA